UUACAGUAGUCUACUUUCGAUGUAACCAGAGAGUUCACAAGAGACUUGGUAGCAUUAGCUGAUAUGUACUGACUAAUGUGACCUAUUUGCCGAAGUUGUGCAUAACUAGCUCUACAUAGAGAGUUAACAUGCUGUGUCAUGACCAUGUUUGAAUCCGUUCUAGCACCGAGAUUCUUCACACAAAUUGAUGGUUUAAUCCGAGAGGGACCUACUUUCACGCAGAUAUCUUCGGGUAUUUUUGUAUGAUUUGUGUGAAACAAAAUGACCUGUUUUGUCAGUAUUGAGCGACACUGUAACUUAAAUAUUUGUCUCUUUUAAUGAAAUGAAAAUUUACUUAUGUUUAAAGCCUUUGAACUAUAUUUAGAGCCUUUUCGCUGCCGAAUCAGUCUCAUGGUUUGUGUAGGAUGACGGUCUCAAUUUAGACAAAAAUGGUAAUUUUACGUAGCCAAAGUUAAUAUAAAUGUGUUACAAGCUUCGGUAAUAUCGGGCCGCUGUGACUUAAGUAUUUGCCCACUACUGCAAUGAAAUAUAUCUGUGUAUUACGCUAAUGAACUAAAAUAAAAGGUGCUUCACAUCUUAAUUGGUUCAGUGGUAAAGGCAGGAUGACUGUUUCAGGUUGAACAAAAAUGAAAUUUUACGUAGCAAAAGUUAAUAUACACCGUCGAUGUCAUUAUACAUUUUUGUAUUUGGCGCUGUAAUACAUUGAAUUCAUAAUUAAAGGGAAUCUCGCGAUACUGAAUUAUCAUGACUUAAGUCUCCAUUUACGACGCUUGGUAAUCCCAAUAAAAGUUAUUUCAAGAUCGAUUACAUGCAGUACAGGUCUUGCAAAUUGAAUUGUCUUUUAACUCUUUUAACUGUAUAAUAGAAAACCUUACAAUUUACAGCUGAUCAAAACAGCAGUUUACCUUUUGAUCAAUUAACCCGUGAAUGAAUGAAAUAUGCAAAGCGAUACACAUGCUAACAUAUUUUUUAGUAUUCGCGAAUACAAGUCUUCUUUUUUGGAAAUGUUUUGCGACAACCGAAUGCGACUUACCUAUAGACCGCUCAAAACCUUAUUUUCGAAAAUUGAGAGAUGGUUUUCCGAAAUUUCUUCCGCUCAAAUAUUGUUAAAUUAUGUCUUAUAUAGGUAAUUAUAACGUAAUUCUGUAAACCAAUACACAAAUAGAUAAAAUGUUACCCGAUUAGUAAGACAAUUUUAACACACCACAAAUGUAAAAUGUAAAACACAAGCUCGUUUACUUAGGAUUUCAGAAAACAAUGUUUAAACAAUGAUAUCAAAUGAAGUUAUCUAUUUUUCGGAAAAAAAACUACAAACGGAAAAUCGAAACAUCUGAAAUAUUAAUGAAUCUUAUUUAUAAUUCAGAGUAAUUCUGUGAAAUCAGGUUGAAGACAAGCAAUAUUCGUCUAACCAGUGUGUCAUAUCACUUUUUUGUACUUAAUAUCAAUAAUAAUGUUUAAGAGCAAUUUGGGGGACGAUAUUGUGCGGAUAUAUAUUUGUGGACCCCACAGCACGGGUAAAACGACCCUUUUAAAUGACCUUCGACCUCAUAUAGGUAACAUUAAAAUCGUCGAAGAGGUCGCACGAGGGAUUAUAAAGAAUCACGGUUGGACACGUGACGACUUUUUACCAGAAAAACACCCGGAUGUAUUCCAACAAUUAAAUGAGGAAAUUUUGGCGGCGCAGAUUGAAACAGAUAAAAAGUACACACGUUUGGGACAAGACUUUAUAUGUGAUAGAGCACUGGAUCCAAUGAUUUAUUGUGGGUUCUAUAUUGGGGAGCAAGCGAAGGAAGCAAUGUAUAGAUUGGAUGGCAUGGAACAAUGGCUCGAGAGUUUGCGGAAAUCUCUUGUUGUACUAGUUUCACCCCAUCCUGAAUGUAUCCAUGACGACUCGGUGCGGCUUUCGUCUUCUAUAGAAGAGCUGCGCGAGUUCUAUGCCAAGUUUGAGAAAGAACUUCAACACAAUCAUAUAAGAUACGUGAAGCUUACACAGCUCGACAGACAAGAAAGAGUCCACACCGUUCUGAAAGAACUAACUACAUUUAAACGAAGAAAAUCUUUGAAACCUGCAGAAGAUGAAAGUAAUGCAGUAGAAUAAUAUAUGUGCAAUAUUAAUACAAACACUGCCUUCUAGAUUAGGUCCAAUGGUUAGGAAUCAGAAAUUAGAACCAGUCAAAACACUACUACCGGGUAUUUGAUUGGCUGAUUCUAAAGGACAAUCACGAAACUGACCAAUGAAAUUCCUGCCUUUCUUAAAACUUGUAUGUCUGCAAAUGUAAAUUUUGUGCCAGACAUCGUUUCUAGUCCUUAUAACAUUAACUCAGAGGUAGGAAUUAACGACGAUAUAAAGGCAAUAUUCCCACAGAUCUCUCUCAAAAUGGCAUUCUGCCAUAAUUCAGUCUUAUUUUUGCACCUAUUUAUGUAUUUAAUUUAGUAAGUAAAGCCGCUUGCUGCAAUAGACAGACUCAUCCUAAACCAUGACUCGUAUAUUCAAUUGGAACUAUUUUAACUUACAUCAUUUUUUUGACGGAUUGUCAUUGUUUAAUUUUAAGUUUGAAAGCAAGAGAGAUUAUUUCUGAAAUAAUUUUCUAGCAAACCGUGUUUUGAUAUUUAUACACGUUG